AUGAAGACCAACUUCAUUCUCGCUCUCCUCAGCGUGGCCCUUGUCGCCGUUGCUGUCCCCACUGGCAAACAUGAAGGUGGUGGUAAGGGUGGUGGUAAGGGUAGCGGCCUUGGAGCCGGUGGCGGCGGUGGUUCGGGUGCUUCUUUGAGCGGCGGCGGUGGUGGCGGCGGCUCUAUCGGCGGAGGCUUCGGGGGUGGCUUCGGAGGGGGUUACGGUCAGGGUUCUGGAAGUGGAGCCGGGGCUGGUCUUGGCGCCGGAGAGGGUGAGGGCAAAGGCAUUGACAAGUAA